CCUGUCUGUGGGUGAACUUAGAUGUAUCUGAUAGAGUCUGGGGUCAUGUGACUUAGGUAGUCCGUGGGUAGCCAGAGUUAUAACCUGGGUACACAACGUUCUUCCCGGCUUACAGGAGACACUGCUUAUAUCAAAAAAAAUAUAGAACUUCUGGAUGGCCCUUUCCACCACUAGCAGCAUUUGGAAAAGACCCAUCUUCUGCCAGAAGUUAACCCACACGCAUGUAGAGACAACCAUGAAGCUCUGGGUUCUCCUCCUCAUCUGGGGGGCUGCGAUGCUUCUGCCUGUGCUGGGAAGCUUCAGGGACAAAGCUGAAGAAAAAGAAACUGAACAGUGCUGGGUGCAGCCGCCAUCCAAGUAUUGUGAGGAAAGGUGCAAGAGAGACCAGAGCUGUUCAAGUCCAAAUCACACAUGCUGCUGGACAUACUGCGGAAACAUCUGCCUGGACAAUGAAGAACCCAUGAAAACAAUGCUAACCCCCUAGGUUCUAUCUGGCCCUCCCUAGCAAGGACUGCAGGAUGACUGUGCGGUCUAGGAAGCCUGCUGCCUGCUUCCCUGUUGGGACACUUGCUUGCUCUGGCUGAGGAUCUUGCUGGAAUCUCCUUGAUCUCUACAUCUUGUGAAGGUUCAGUUUUUUCCCCCCAAAUAAACUAAUAUGUCAUA